UCCAGGCUGGGUCCGGGGGCGCGCUCAGCCCCCGGUCCCGAGCCGCGGGCGGAGGCUGCGGGUCGCCUUGGCCGGGACGUGCGCACCUGUGUCCUCCCACCCGGCGGGCGGUACCCGAGCCCUGGCGCCUCCUUAAAGUCGCCGCUCCGCCCCGUUGCCCCGCCUUCCCACUUUCCUCCCAACCGCCCGCCCGGCGCGCGUCCCGCCGAGUGCCACAGCCUCGAGCCCGCGAGGAGCGCGCCGCUAGCCCGCUCCCAGGUGCUCCGAGCGACUGCCGCCAUGGCCAGCGAGGAGCUGGCGUGCAAACUUCGGCGCCGGCUGCAGCGCGAGAAGGCCGAGGAAGGAGACCCCCAGCCCGCACCCCUCGCCGCCCCGCUCCCGGAGCCCAAGCCCGAGCCUGCGGCCGUGGCGCUGCCGGCUAGCGCCGACGCCGAGCUGAGCGCGCAGCUGAGCCGCCGCUUAAACAUCAGCGAAGGCGCAGUGCGGCCCCGUCGCUGCAAAGUCUUCAACCCUUACACCGAGUUCCCGGAGUUCAGCCGCCGGCUCAUCAAGGACCUAGAGAACAAGUUCAAACUGUACGACUCUGGGCGGGACGGCUUCAUUGACCUCAUGGAGCUGAAGCUGAUGAUGGAGAAGCUGGGGGCCCCCCAGACCCACCUGGGACUGAAGAGCAUGAUCAAGGAGGUGGACGAGGACUUCGACGGCAAGCUCAGCUUCCGGGAGUUCCUGCUCAUUUUCCACAAGGCUGCGGCCGGGCAGCUACAGGAAGACAGUGGGCUGAUGGCGCUGGCCAAGCUCUCGGAGAUUGAUGUGGCCCUGGAGGGCGUCAAAGGUGCCAAGGACUUCUUCGAAGCCAAGGCCCGCGCCCUGUCCUCUGCCAGUAAGUUUGAAGCUGAGCUAAAGGCUGAGCAGCAUGAGCGGAAGCGAGAGGAGGAGGAGAGGAGGCUCCGCCAGGCGGCCUUCCGGGAACUGAAGGCCACUUUUAGUACAUAGUCCAGCCAGCCUUGACUGCCAUCCACAGCUGUGCCUUACUCCCUAGGAGGACAUGGCCGGGCAUGUCCACCGUGAGCCAGCUACCUACCGCCCCAUGCCAACUCUUUAGCCUUGUAGGGGUGGCAAGGGGCUGCGUCUCUCCUUCACAGUAACCUGGGAUGGUCAAGUGUCCCGCUCUCCUCUCUGUCCUCCUUACCCUUCGCUGGGGCCAGAUGUGCCACCUCCUCUUGGUGGCCUGCCUUGUUGCCCGUUGCUGAUCAUCACCCA